AUGAGGCAUCCAUACUUGCGUCCCUGUCACCACCGCGCUUCCCCUCGCUCGCAUUCCCCUCCCCCUCCCUCCCUCUUUUCCCUGUAUCCCCCCUGGCAGCUACCUGCCUGUGCUGGUGGAUGCAUCACCAAAGGCGCUCUCUGCCAGGCCAGACGAGGCAUCCAUCCUCGCUUGCAUUCCCUCUCACCACCCGUGCCCCCCGCCCUCCCUACCCUCUCUUUCUUCUUGCGCAGCUACCUGCCUGUGCUGGUGGAUGCGUCUCCAAAGGUGCUCGCUGCCGGGCCAGACGAGGCAUCCAUACUUGCUGUCCGCGAGAAGGUGAGGUGGCAGGGAGAAGGUGAGUUGGCAGGGAGGGAGAUGGUGAGGAGGCAGGGAGAAGGUGAGGAGGCAGGCAGGGAGAAGGUGAGGAGGCAGGCAGGGAGAAGGCCUGGCAAUGGGCACGCUAGGGAGCGUGCUCGCCAUGCUGCUCUCCUUCGCCAUCACGCUGCUCAUCCCCAACGACCUCCUAAAGCUCCGAGUCACCGUGGCCGUGUGCGGGCUCUGGUGGAGAACAAGGCAUCCCUGUCAGGCCUGGCAAUGGGCACCCUGGGAAGCGUGCUCGCCAUGCUACUCUCCUUCGCCAUCACGCUCCUCAUCCCAGACGACCUCCUCAAGCUCCGAGUCACCGUGGCCGUGUGCGGGCUCUGGUGGGUCGCCCUCUCCGCCUUCACCUUCGCGUGGCUGCACCCGCGCCCCGGUCCCCCCAUGCCCAAGACCGGAUUCUCCAUGCUCAACCGCUGGCGCCACCUCUUCGGUCUCUUCAAGGAGGCUUCCCGGUACCGCUACACGUUCAUCUUUCUCAUCUGCCUCGUGGCAUACAGCAGCGGAUUCACGACCAUGCUGCAGAUGGCGGUGCUGUUCGGACAGAACGACCUCUGCUUGACCGUUUCCUCCAUGGCUAUCAUUGCGCUCACCGUCGCUGUCGUGGCCAUUGCUGGCAUGCCGCUCGCGCUGCUCUUCCAGCGGAAAACCCACGCGACGAACAAGACCAUGGUCGUGAUUCUCCUCACGUGCCUAGUUCCCCUGCCCGUGUGGGGAUUCAUCGGGUAUUUCACCGCGGACGGGGGAUUCGGGCUGAAAUCCGCGUGGGAGAUUUACCUGUGUGCGGCGUGGCUGGGGUUCUUCCUGGGCGCGCUGACGUCGUACUCGCGCAAACUGUUCAUUGAUUUCAUCCCCGUGGGUCGCGAGGGCGCAUUCUUCACGCUCUUCUUCAUCUGCGAUCGCAUCAGCUCGUGCAUUGGCCCGUUCGUCAUCGCUGCAGUCACCCAGCUGCGGCCUGUGUUUGGAUACGUCUUUCUCGUGCUCGUCAUCCCAGCGAUCUCCGUCCAAAUUUUCGUCAACUAUAACAAGGGGGUGGCAGAGGCUGGGAGGGCAACCAAGCAUCAAGAGAGAUUACAAGAGGAGGGUCUUCAUGAAGCCAGCCACGCUCAUGGCACUCAAGUGGUUCAUGCAGAGCCGUGA